AUGGUAAUUCAUGAUUAUGAAGGUCUGACUGGACUGAACGGUGAUCGAUACCAUGACUUACCACAUUCGACCUCAUUGUUGGGCUAUGCGUGGCUGGUUUCUUUAGCUGGCUGCAGUUCAUCAAGCUUAAACCAAAAAUCCUGCCAACUCAACAACCUACUUUCUUCCAGAAAUGCGAUCUCAACCUGGUCAUCGGGAUCGGGAAUGGCUGGAUUCGCUGGGACCUUCUCGUAUGCUGUGCUCACAGAUGACAAUUUGCUGGCGUUGACACCGACGAACGCCAUGCUAGUGAUGCUUGUUGUACCCAUAUCCUUCACUUUUUCGUACUACCUCAUUCUCGUGCGAGCGCCGACGAUACCCGCGAUUAGUGUCACUAAACCAUCAACAUGGUUGGAUUUCUCCACACCGUACGAUAGAGAUUUAACAAGAGCAGACUCGGAAUCGUCUGCCCCUGACAAAAAUGGCAGAGACGUCAACAGUUUAGAAGCUCAAAACCGUCCACUUCACGAACAACUUCUGGUGGUCAAGAGCCUCCUAAAGUACAUGAUUCCUUUUGGUACCGUAUACUUCAUGCAGUACUUUAUCAAACAAGGCUUGGUA